AUGAUUCUUUCUUAUAUCUUUGGCCUGCUGGUCGCCACGUCCGGCCUGGCCAAGGCCGUUAACAUCACCGGUUAUGAAUAUGUCGUUGUCGGUUCUGGUGCUGGUGGUGGUCCUCUGGCCGCCCGCCUCGCUUUAGCCGGGCACAAGACACUGCUCCUUGAGGCUGGUGAUGACCAGGGUGAAACUUACAACUACACCAUCCCUGCCUACUCCGCCAGAGCCUCCGAGGACGAGAAGCUUGCGUGGAACUUUUUCGUUCACCACUACGAAGACGAAGAGCGUCAGGCUCGCGAUUGGAAAGCUAGCUACGAUACGCCUGAUGGCGGGAUAUACACCGGUCUGAGCCCUCCCGAGGGCUCGACCUUGAAGGGAACUCUCUACCCUCGUACAGGUACCCUCGGUGGUUGCACUGCCCACAACGCCUUAAUUGCAGUCUACCCCCACCAGUCUGACUUUGAAUACAUUGAGACUAUCACCGGCGAUAACUCUUGGACACCCGACAACAUGCGCAAAUAUUUCACUAAGCUGGAGAACAACGGCUACUCGCUUCCGGCAGCCAAGGGCCACGGUUACGACGGCUGGUUAUCGACUGAAACCGCUCCCCUCAGCAUUGUGUUGAAGGAUACCCAGCUACUGAGCAUGCUCACCGGUGGUGCCUUUGCGCUUGGUAACUUCACCGAUCACCUUAUGAACAUUGGCACUCUGCUCCUUGGCGAUGCUAAUGCUGAUGAGAAGACCCGUGACACCGAGCCCGGCUACUACCAGAUCCCUAUUGCCACCGAUGAUGCCCACCGUAAUGGUCCCCGCGAGUUCAUCAUCGCUGUACGCGAUGCCAAGAACUUCGAUGGCUCCAAGAAGUACCCUCUUGAUGUCCGGAUGAACACCCACGUCACUAAGGUGACCUUCGACGAGAGCGAAACCCCACCGCGCGCCACAGGUGUGGAGUUCCUCGACGGCGAGCACCUCUACAAGGCCAGCCCCAUGUCGAAAUCCGCUCUUCCCGGUACCCCCGGUUCCGCCACCGCUUCUCGUGAAGUCAUCGUUUCCGGCGGAGUAUACAACUCUCCCCAGAUCCUCAAGCUGAGUGGUGUCGGACCCGCCGAAGAACUCAAGAAGUUUGGCAUCAAGGUUAUCAAGGAUCUCCCCGGUGUCGGCACCAACCUCCAAGACCACUAUGAGAUCUCCGUCCAGGGCAAGGUUGAGGAGGACUUCUCCUGCUUGGACAAGUGCACCUUUAGCAUUCGCGGCCAGGACGACCCUUGUAUCAAGGACUGGGAGACUCCUAUUCUUGGCGACCACGGCAUCUACUCAUCCCCCGGUCUCGCCGCCACUAUGCUGUACAAAAGUUCCACGGCCGGCGAUGACUUCGACAUCUUCGAAUUCGGUGGCCCCGUCAACUUCCGUGGUUACUUCCCCGACUACAGCAUCAACGCGACUGACGAGCACAACUGGUUCACCUGGGCUAUUCUCAAGGCUCACCCCCGCAACUCCGCCGGUACCGUCGCUCUCCAGUCCGCUAAUCCCCUCGACAUGCCUAAGAUCACCUUCAACUACUUCGACACCGGUGUCGGCGACUACGAUGCUGAUCUCACUGCGCUCUACGAAGCCAUCGAGCUUGCCCGUGACGCGUUCAAGCGCCAGCUCGUCAACGUCACCGAGGUUCUCCCCGGUGCUGAUGUCCAAUCCGAGGAAGAUAUCAAGGACUACAUCAAGGAUGGCGCUUGGGGCCACCAUGCCUCUUGCACUUGCCCCAUUGGUGCCAACGAUGACCCAAGAGCUGUCUUGGACUCCAAAUUCCGUGUACGCGGUGUCUCUGGUCUUCGUGUCGUUGAUGCUUCCGUUUACCCCAAGAUCCCCGGUACUUUCACCGCUGUGUCUACUUACAUGGUUGCCGAGAAGGCUGCUGAUGAGAUUCUGAGCGAGCUUGAGGCUAGCUCUUAA